GCUGAUGUAGUGCGUCAGAACGUGUCUGAUUCACAAAUGGAUGAGUUCUCUCAUCGCUCUUUCACUGUGAUGGGUCCAAGUCAAGGGAUCAAAGCAGUGGAGAUGCUGAUGGGGGAUGAGAGGAGGAGGAGGCGAGGAGGAACGGAGGAAGUGGGAGUGCCCUGUAUCAGACUCAGCAUGCUGCCCGCUGCCUUCACUCGGCCCGUGACUAAGUGCCUGAUUGGCUCGCGCUUGGGGACGGUCGCGUUCUUGCUGCUGCUCAUUCUGUCCGCCACUGAGACCUCUGCACACGGCACCACAGUCGAGCACGACCUCCACAUCGUCCACAACGUCGAUAACAGAAGUCCAGAGAUCGACCCCUUUUGGUAUGUGGGUCGCGGUGUGAGACCCAUCGGACGGUUUGGGAAGAGACAGAGCGGAGGUAGUCUGCAGCCUGUGGUCAAAUCUCUGGAGCUCCUGUUGAACACUCUCAGGAAUAAGGAGAGCUUGCAGAACGCGCUUGCACAAGAGGACUCAGACUGGUUACCGUGAGAUCUACUACCUACAGCGACCAGUUGCCUGUAAUAUUUGAAUGUGUUUUAGUGUGUAUAACUAAUCACAGUUUUAUCAUUCUCUCCAUGGCUGUGUGCCUCUCAAUAUUCAUUUCAAAUAAACUGACUGGCAGGUGAAAAUAUCUGUACAUAUUACAAAUGCAAUCUAUAUUAAUAAAUAAAUGUACAAAUGUAUGUA